UAAGAAGACCCUUUAUAUACAAACGCUAGCUUUGGCCACCAAUCCAUUUCCAAAGACGACUCCAAAAAUAUGGGAAGUUCCAAGUUUCACUACCUUCGCAUUAUUGUUUUAUCAUUUCUUCUUUUCACCUUCUUGCCAGAAGCUGUCUACGGCAGCAAAAAGUGCUACAUUGUGUAUUUGGGAGCACAUUCUCAUGGCCCAAGCCCUACCUCUCUUGACAUGGAAGCCGCCACAUCUUCUCACUAUAAUUUGCUAACUUCAGUUCUGGGAAGCCAUGAGAAAGCGGAAGAAGCAAUGAUAUACUCAUACAAUAAGCAUAUCAAUGGCUUUGCCGCACUACUUGAAGAGGAAGAAGCAGCACAUAUUGCAAAAAAGCCAAAUGUAGUGUCUGUGUUCUUGAGCAAGGAGCACAAACUUCAAACAACAAGGUCGUGGGACUUUCUUGGACUAAGAAGAGAUGCUAAGAACACUGCAUGGCAAAAGGGUAGAUUUGGUGAAAAUACAAUCAUCGCCAACAUUGACACAGGGGUUUGGCCGGAGUCCAAAAGCUUCCGGGACAGAGGAUAUGGCCCCAUCCCUUCAAAAUGGCGCGGCGGUAAAGCCUGUCAAUUGGACAGAGUCCAUGGUUCCCCCAAAAAUCUCUGCAACAGGAAGCUUAUUGGAGCAAGAUUUUUCAGCGAUGUGUUUGAGGCAGCAAAUGGGAAGGUGAAUCCAAAUGAGCGUACAGCGCGUGACUUACAGGGGCAUGGGACCCACACUCUAUCAACCGCCGGGGGAGAUUUCGUCCCAGGAGCACAUGUGUUUGCAGUUGGUAACGGCACCGCAAAGGGUGGGUCUCCAAAGGCCAGGGUUGUAGCGUACAAAGUGUGUUGGUCCAGAACAGACGAAAACAGUUGCAACGAGGGCGAUAUCAUGAGCGCAAUCGACCAAGCCAUCAACGACGGCGUUGAUAUCAUCAAUCUCUCUGUCGGUGGCCGACGGGGUGUAACCGCUGAAGAUAUAUUAACCGACGGGGUCAGCUUAGGGGCUUUCCAUGCCAUGUCUAACAACAUUCUGUGCGUCGCAUCGGCUGGAAAUGAUGGACCUUAUCCCGGCACUGUUGUCAAUGGGGCUCCUUGGAUAUUCACUAUUGGUGCUAGCACCAUUGACAGGGACUUCACCAGUACCAUUACUUUUAGUGACGGUCGCAAAAUCCUAGGAGGCAGUCUUUCAGUAACAUUGCGACCUGACGAAGCCUUCGAUUUUAUCCUUGCUACUGAUGGUAAACUUGCCAAUGCAACAAUCAAAGAUGCUCAAUUUUGUAAGCCAGGAACACUUGACCCGGCAAAAGUUAAAGGCAAAGUUGUGAAUUGCAUCAGAAAAGAUAAUAUAAAAUCAGUUGUUGAGGGUUUGGAAGCCAAAUCCGCGGGUGCAUUGGCAAUGUCGUUGCAAAAUCAAAAGCAACAAGGGAAAACACUUACCGAUGAGGCUCACAUGGUUCCUAGUGUGAGUUAUCACGGGCAACCAGCUCAAAAAAAAAAUCUUGGCAGUCAACCUCCAAAAUCUCUCCAUCCUCCUCCUAAAGUGCAAAAUACUUAUUAUGACGUCAUAACUGCCACCGCUCCACCGAGCCCGUCUCUUACAGUAAAGCUCUCCCCAGCAAAAACAGUGAUUGGAAGGAAGCCAGCUCCAGUGAUGGCUUCCUACUCAUCAAGAGGACCCAAUAAGAUUCAGCCAUCCAUACUCAAGCCUGAUAUAAUUGCACCUGGAGUGAACAUACUUGCUGCCUAUUCACUAGGCACAAGCCCCACUACCCUCCUACAAGAUCCUCGCCGCUUUGAAUUCAAUGUGCUUCAAGGAACUUCUAUGUCUUCUCCUCAUGUUUCUGGUAUUGCUGGACUUCUCAAAACUCUGCAUCCUACUUGGAGCCCCGCAGCUAUUAAAUCAGCAAUUAUGACUACUGCAACCACAAGGGACAACACAAACAGGCCAAUCCAAGAUGCAUUUGAUGACAAGUUGGCUGGUCCUUUUGAUUAUGGGUCAGGACAUGUUCAACCAGAUCUUGCAAUAGAGCCAGGAUUGGUUUAUGAUAUAGGAUUGAAAGACUACCUCACCUUCUUGUGUGCCUCCGGAUACAAUCAACAACUCAUCUCAGCACUUAAUUACAAUAGCACUUUCGUUUGUAGGGGAAGUCAUAGCGUAAAUGACUUGAACUACCCUUCUAUUACAUUGCCAAAUCUUGGGUUGGAUCCGGUAACAGUUAAGCGCACACUCACAAAUGUAGGCCCUCCUGGCACAUACAAUGCAACAGCCAAAGUGGAUGGAUCCGAAGUUACUGUUGUGCCCAAUUCCUUGACCUUCACGAAGAUGUAUGAAAAGAAAACAUUUAAGGUUAUUGUGCAGACAUCAAGUGUGAUACAGCGUUACAAAUAUCAAUUUGGUGCAUUGGUAUGGUCGGAUGGAAAGCACAUAGUUAGGAGUCCUAUUACCGUCCGGCGCCGCAACUAAAAUGUUUGUGUUAUGGCUAGCUGGUUGUACUGGUUAGCAUGCAGAUGAAUAUAUGUAACAAUAAUGGGGCUUUAUAUGUCAAUGUUACCACGGUGUUGUGUGCUUUGUAAUAAUUCA